AUGUGCUUCGUUGGGAAGUUGGCUUUCACUCCGUCGCUGUCCACAGGCUUCGGACGCUCCGCGCAGCAGGGCUUGGCGGCCCAGCAGCGCAGCCUCACGCAGCGUCAGGCGGACGGAUCCUACUUGAAGCCCUUCGGCCCUGCUGUAUCCUAUGCGAAAGCGCUGCGGGACGCUGGCAUGGCCAAAGGUGAGGACGCCGCGGUGAUGGAGGAUAUUCUCAAGAUCAAGGCAUUCUACGAAAAUGAGGCUGUCUUUGAGGAGCUUAGCCUGGUGCAGAACGACUUCAACCUCACAAACGUGGAGCGCGCGGACAAGAUCCUUGACAUGGUGAAGCCUUUGAAGUCCACGGUGACGCCCAAGUUCGUCCGCUUCCUGGCAAAGAAGAUGCGACUGAAGGGCCUGAAGGCCAUCUGCCUGGAGUAUGUCCAGAGUGCUUACUUCACCGAGUCCGUGAGCCCAGUGAAGGUGAUCUCCGCAGCGCGGUUGUCAGAUGACCAGAAGUCCAAGAUCAUCGAGAAGAUGAAGGUGAAGUGUGAGACCAGCAACAUCAAGCUGAUUGAGGAGAUUGAUAACAACCUCAUCAGUGGCUUCAAGUUGGAGUGGGGCUACAUCGACCCAGUGAACCUCGAAGCACCGAGCCACGGAGUCGAUCUCUCCCUGCAGAACAUCUUGAACAAGAAGGCGCUCCAGGUCGGAGGUGUUGGCGCGCGCAUGCGCAGCAAAAAAGACGUUGCUGUGCACACCAGCUUGCUUCUGCAUAUGAUAGGCCGACGAAAUAGGUCAUCUGCCUCCCGCUGGUUCAUGCGCCCGACAGAGGAGACGGUUGAGCUUUUGGAGAACGACUACCACCAGGACCCUGGAAAGAACAGUGGCGAGAGUAGCUCCGACAGCGACACAGGCUGUGUUGACAGUGGCGCUCGGAACUGGCAGGGUCCCCGUCACGAGAUGCCUUGUGAAUCCAUCAGCUGGCAGGCUCGGUUCCGAACCGUUGUGCAAACGAUGGCCCGCUUUGCCGUCAAGAUGGCCUUGCUGGCCUUUGCCUCCAUCUACAUCGCCAGCGCUUGCGAUUCGGGAGAAGAAUGUCCGCAGACACUUUCUUUUCUGCAGAUAGCUUUGGAGUCGGGGGCAAGGGAGCAGAUACAGAGCUCCAAGAAAGGGUGCCCAACUCCCGAUGAAGCGGCCGGCCUUCUCGCCUCACUGAUGCCAAGUGUGCACAACCUCACUGAGGUUGAGGUUGUGGAAAUGUGUGCCCAGCUCCCUCUGUGCGUGGAUAGCACCACGGUGGCUACACAGAAUGCCUGGGCGAAGGCUGGAGCCAUCGACUUUGUUGCAGCUGCUUUGAACGAGUUUCCGGUGACUGAGACGGUAGUAAUUGCUUGCACGAUGGCCAUGGCUCCGCUGAUCCUGUUCAAUCGCGAGAACGGUCUGCAUGCCGGCAAACUCGGGGGAUUGAAUGUGACCUUGAACUAUUAUGGCUCCCACCUGGAUAGCGUGCUGGUCAUGGACCUGGGGGGCGCUAUUGGUGCAUACUUCGACUUCGUCAACGAGAACAGGGCCAUCGCUCGAGAGCUUGGAGGUGUGGAGAUGUUCAUCCAGAAUAUCCGGAACAACUUUCACGGUCAGUACAGUGACUGGGCAAACGAGCCCGUCAAGCAGUCUUUGUAUGCAUUGUCUUCAGGCACAUGGACCAAUGGAGAUAUCGCCUACCAAGAAGGCUUCCCCUCAUUGGGAGUGCAACUGAUGAAGGAGCAUGGAAACGAGACAAAGAUCGCCGAAGAGACCCUCCAGGCGGUGAAGGCCAUGGCAUUCGAGUCCGAUUUCUACCGCAGCAGAUGGUCGGAGUUGGGUAUCUUUGAGGCCUUGCCAGACGUGCUCUACGAUAAUCCUACAGACCAGGGAGCCAUCAGUCUCGUCUGUGAGGCCACACUAUAUGUCAUCGGUACCGACAUACCAAUGGGAGAUCCCGUUUCGUCACUUCGCAUCAUCCCUUUCAAUGCCAGUAUCCAGGAGCGGGCAACGAAGGACAAAAUGUUGGAGGCACUUCUGGCCACUGCCAUGUCAGUUGCUGAGUUGGAGCAGUUUGACCACGACUCCUUCAACUUCAACUUGGACCUGGCCUACCCUGCGAAAAGGAACUGCUUCGGCGCCCUGCUCGCGAUGGGCAAGGACAAUCCAGCGAACCUGAAAGCGAUGCGCGAGGCUGGUCUCGCUCAGUCCAUUCGCAAGGAGUGGAAGACCUUCGACUUACUGACUCGGACCACAGCAUGCAUGCUCCUGGAACGGCUGGGUGUGGAGGUGAGCCUUCUCUGUCCGGUCGCUCAUUGA